AUGAGCACCGGCGCCGCCCACCCCAGCCUAAUCCACCUAAAUCCACUCGCUUCAUCUCCUUCUCCCGCCAUUCCCACCAACUCCCCUUCGCGUACAGUGGCGUUUACGACGCCUCAGAACUAUGCCGGCAGCCUUUCAAACCUCCUCUCUCUCAAAGGCUUCGACCCCCUCUGGUGCCCCACCGUCACCGUCCACCCAACUCCCCUCGCCAUCAAAUCCCAUCUCCUUCCUCCAAAUCUCCAUUUCUACUCCGCUGUCGCCUUCACCUCCCGCUCUGGCAUCACAGCCCUCCUCGACGCUGCUACUGAGAUCGACGACCCCUUGCUAUCGCCUCAGGGCGACACUUUUCUAAUCGCAGCCCUAGGUAAGGACUCGGAGCUUCUCGAUCAUGGAGUUCUUUCCAAAUUUUGCCCUAACACGAGCCGAAUUAGAGUCGUCGUACCUAAAAUAGCCACGCCGAGUGGUCUAGUGGAGGCUCUUGGGAUUGGAAACCACCGUAGGGUUCUGUGUCCGGUUCCUCGCGUCGUGGGGCUGAACGAGCCUCCGGUGGUUCCAAACUUCCUCCGCGACCUCGCGGCGAGCGGGUGGGUUCCGGUUCGUGUCGAUGCCUACGAGACCCGGUGGGCCGGACCCGAGUGCGCGAGGAUGCUGGUGAAGAGAGGGGAGGAUGAGAAAUUGGAUGCCAUUGUGUUUACUAGUACUGGGGAAGUGGAGGGGCUGCUAAAAAGCUUGAGGACUUUGGGAUUGAAGUGGGAGAUGAUGAGAAAAAAGUGGCCGGAAAUGGUGUUGGCGGCGCACGGUCCGGUGACGGCGGCGGGAGCUGAGAGGCUCGGCGUUAAGAUUGAUUUGGUGAGUUCUAAAUUCGACAGCUUCAAUGGUGUGGUCGAUGCUCUUCAUUCGAGAUGGCAGAGCUUAGAACAGAACCCUGAGUAA